CCAUCCACGCCAUUCCUGGUCUGCCCAGUGCCAUCCAUGCCAUUCCCAGCCUGAUGGGCAUUAUCCAUGCCAUUCCCAGUUUGCCCAGUUCGAUCCAUGCCAUUCCCAGUGCUCUCCAUGGCAUUCCCGGUCUGCCCAGUGCCAUCCAUGCCAUUCCCGGUCUGCCCAGUGCCCUCCAUGGCAUUCCCAGUUUGCCCAGUGCCAUCCAUGCCAUUCCCAGCCUGCCCAGUGCCAUCCAUGCCAUUCCCGGUGCCCUCCCUGCCAUUCCCGGUCUGCCCAGUGCCAUCCAUGCCAUUCCCGGUCUGCCCAGUGCCCUCCAUGCCAUUCCCAGCCUGCCCAGUGCCAUCCAUGCCAUUCCCGGUGCCCUCCCUGCCAUUCCCGGUCUGCCCAGUGCCAUCCAUGCCAUUCCUGGUCUGCCCAGUGCCAUCCAUGCCAUUCCCAGUUUGCCCAGUGCCAUCCAUGCCAUUCCCAGUGCCCUCCAUGCCAUUCCCGGUGCCCUCCCUGCCAUUCCCAGCCCUGCCCCUGCCAGGGGAGGAGGAUCCCUCAGGGAUGGAGGAUCCCGGGCUAUAAAAGCUUCUUCCUCCCCUCCGGGAAAGGGACGGGACGGAGGCGGCGGCGGGGAGGGGACAGCGGGGACACGAUGGCGGUGCCACCCAGCAGGAGGCUGCGGCGCUGCCUGCUGCUCCUGGCGGUCACCUGGGGCGCCACCUUUGUCCCCUCGCCAGCGCAGGCUUUGCAGAGGAUCGCCCUGCGGAGGAUGCCCUCCAUCCGCCAGACGCUGCAGGAGAUGGGCGUGAAGGUGCGGGACGUGUUCCCGGAGCUGCGCCGGGCCACGCGCGGAGCAGGGGACGGUCCCCGCAACGGGACAGCUCCCACCCCGCUCACCAACUACCUGGAUACCCAAUAUUUCGGCGAGAUCAGCAUCGGGACCCCCGCGCAGACCUUCAAGGUGGUUUUUGACACGGGCUCGGCCAACCUGUGGGUGCCAUCCUACAAGUGCUCCCCACUCUACAGCGCCUGUGUGUCCCACAGCCGCUACGACUCGUCCAAGUCGCGCACAUACAUCGCCAACGGCACCGGCUUCGCCAUCCGCUACGGCACCGGCAGCGUCAAAGGCGUCCUCAGCCAGGACAUCGUCAUGGUGUCGGACAUCCCGAUCAUCCAGGUGUUCGCCGAGGCCACGGCGCUGCCCGCCUUCCCCUUCAUCUUCGCCAGGUUCGACGGCGUGCUGGGCAUGGGCUACCCCAGCCAGGCCAUCGAUGGCAUCACGCCCGUCUUCGACCGCAUCCUGGCACAGCAGAUCCUCCAGGAGGACGUGUUCUCUGUCUACUACAGCCGCGCUUCCAAGAACGCUUCCCUGAAGCCCGGCGGGGAAAUCAUCCUGGGAGGCAGCGACCCAGCCUAUUACACCGGCGACUUCCACUACCUGAACGUCAGCAGGAGCGGCUUCUGGCAGAUCCGCAUGAAGGGGGUGUCUGUGGGAGCUGAGAUCCUGUUCUGCAGGGAAGGCUGCUCGGUGGCCGUGGACACCGGAGCCUCCUACAUCACCGGCCCUGCCGGCCCCGUGUCCGUGCUCAUGAAAGCCAUCGGGGCCACCGAGGCGGCCGAAGGAGAGUACGUGGUGGACUGCGAGCAGGUGCCUCAGCUGCCCAACAUCUCCUUCCACCUGGGAGGGAAGGUCUACGGCCUCAGCGGCCCGGCCUACGUGCUGCGGCAAUCCCAGUACGGUGAGGACGUCUGCGUGGUGGCUUUCUCCGGGCUGGACAUCCCCCCUCCGGCCGGUCCCCUCUGGAUUUUGGGCGCCACCUUCAUCGGUCACUACUACACCAAAUUCGACCGGCGCCACAACCGCAUCGGCUUCGCCACCGCCCGCUGAGGGCCGGGGGGCCGGGCUGGGGCCGCAGAACCGGCCUGGAGGAUGCGGGAAGCAGUGAGAGAACAUCAGCUCCCUUCCAGCUCUGCCACCUCCUCUCCAAAUCUCGCUGCUCCCGCUCCCAAAGCCCCGCGGGGUUCCCGGGAGCCGAGCCUGGAGCGGGGCUGUGAAUCCCAGCCGGAUCCUCCGGGCGCUUUUAGGGCGAUGUUCGACGGCAGGAGCAGCGCUCAGCGCGGGGAUUUGCUGCUGGUGCGGCUGAGGGACCUCUGGGACUGUUUGUUGUUCCUAAAUCGGGGGCCAUAAUCGGUGUUUAAGGAUGGUUUUAGCCGGUGUCAGCCCUGCCUUUCUUCGUGAGUUCGAUAUUAAACAAUUUAAAGCACCAGGAGGAUGAGAGAAGGGCUGGUCUUGCAGAGACGGGGGGGUCGGAUAUUUAUAUUUAGGGAACUGGGCCACAAAUGUCCCUGUGCCACCUCUUCAUUUGUGCCCCUGCCACCCCAUAAGGGUGCAACGCCCUCCCCAGCUCCUGUGGCCAAACCGAGGGCUCUGCAAAGCUCCUCCUGCAGCUGGGAUGGUGACAGGAGCUCUGGUGUCCCCCUGGGGACAGGGACAGAGCUGUGCCACAGCUACCCUCCAAAGAGGGGACACUUCCUGCGGGUCUGUGUGACGCAGGACGGUGGCUCCCAUCCCAGGGUCUGUUUUCAUGAAAAAUCAGAGGUUUUUCUCUGCCCUGGGUGUGGAGAUGCCCCUGGAGGUGCCCCCUUGUGCCAGCUGGCCUGGAGGGAGGGACAAGGCCCUCUCCCAGCUGGGGGGACAUUCCCAGUUCCAGAUCCCCGUGCCAGGGGAACACGGGCUGGCCUCCAGUUUGACCAGUUCAGGGGGCUGGGAGCGGGAAAGCUGCUCCUGGAGCGAAUCAGGAUCUCACCAUGGAGGUGGCAGGAGCUCCUCGCCCUCGGAGCUGCAGAGCUGAGGAAUUCCUGGUGCUGAGGAACCGCAGAGCUGACAAUUCCCAGCACCAAUAAAUUCCCAGAGCUGGCAAUUCCAGCACUUGUGAACCCCAGAGCUGACAAUUUCAGUGCUG